AUACACUACAACGUCUAGUUGAGGUCAAGUGGACCUUCAGGUGCUAUCGGGCAAUUCUGGGCUCUGAUAUGCAGACUCCGCUGCAGAUAUCUUUUUGAUGCAAUCCAAAGUCUCCUGGACUGGGCCUAGACUUGGUUGGGUCAUAUGCCUAAGCUCCCAAUACAUCCCGACCAUUGUGCUUUAGCUACUAGUCUCUACUAUUUACAGACAAUGGACGCCCUCCUACAUAGUUUGGUUUUUCUCUGAAUCCAUUGUCCCUUCUCCCUUUUCUCUCACACACAACAAUGCGACAGCGCUCGCUACCCACCUCCGACAUUAUGACUCGGACAAAGUCCAGUGAGCCUGAGCUCACCAUCAACUUCACUGAGCCAGCGGUAUUCGUGCCCACGUACACAAAUAAACCCGCUGUGCUCCGGGGUUCUUGUGAACUGAAGGUCAAAGAAACGUUAAUGGUGAAAAGAUUGACGGUGAAUUUUCGUGGAGUCUCCCAUGUACACUGGCCUCAUGGUCUUCACGACUCAAAUACCAUCACAGAUCGUACAUUGACGGUAUUCGGCCCGAAAACCCCAGGGACCGUAGUACCAGAUCAUGUCGAUCAGGAAAAUCUCGGGACGCUGGACAUGGGGCGUACAGAAUGCAAUACAUCACGUCAAAAAUGCGGAUUGUGGAAUACCAUCGCAAACAAGUUUUGCCCAAAAUGCAGGAAUGCUGCCGCGCCAGAUUGUCGGCUAUUAUCUCCCGGUAUCUACACUUACGAUUUCGAAAUGAUUCUGCCCCCUCAACUACCCGAAUCCGUUAAUGUACGACGGAGCCAUGUUCGAUACAACGUCCGAGCAUGCGUUGAAUGCCCGGGGCCUUUCAGACACAAUAUUAUACGGAAUAUGCCAAUCGCUGUUAUGCAUUGCCCGGCAGAGGACUUUGUGGAGGAUGCAGAGCCAGUUUACAUCACCCGGACCUGGAAACGUUUGCUUCGAUGCGAUCUCCUUAUGUCGAGAAGAGGCGCUCCUCUCUGCCAUAGAUUACCUGUGGCCGUGUCCUUUGCCGAGCUGGGGAAUGCAAAGUUCCAUGGGUUGCAAAUUUAUCUGUCAGAGAACGUCCAGUUUCUCCGAAAAGACGGACUCAUUUCCUGCCUCGGUCCUUUCAAGAGGGCCCUCUUAUAUGAGGCGACAGAUGGUCUUGUAUCGACUAUGUCUCCCUACAGAUUGGGUGAGGAUGACCACCCGGCAGGAGACAAGAGCGGCUUUGGUGUACAAGAGAGUGUUGUGCUUUCGGAAUGGGCGGAGAAAUCCGCGAACUUCGAAGUUAGAACGCUAAAUAUCGACUUGGCGUUACCCCCAUGCCAGGACCAUUUCGAGGAUGAUUGGAUGCAUUUUACCACCGAGUAUAAGAGUGUACGGGUGAGCCACUGGCUUGAGGUAAGACCAUCAGUGAUUUUUUUGGUCCUAAAAAGAAAACCAUUGUAGUAAUGACGUCUAGUUUGUAUUCUCCAUGUCUAGAUAUGGGGCGCCAAUUACAAACGGCGCGCCAGUCGUGCAGAAGAUCGCCAGAGCUCCACUGGCGCUGCGAUCCUGUUAUGCAC